GUCAAAUGACCCCUUAUGAUAAGACAGGUAUAUGUAAAAUGCUGGUACGUUUAGUGUUAAUCAGUAUACCAGCGAUUUCUGUACAGUUUUCCCCCAGCUAACUCCGUUUACGUUUUUCGAUUCGUGUCGACGAAUUUUACUGAAUUCAUCCAUCCAGCUGGUGAUGUUCUCUGUUCGCAGGUAUCAAAAUGAGCUUCCAAAGAAGAUCAAGUCACGCGGCAAGGACGCGCAUCUCAAUCACGAAGAACUCGUGCAAACGAUGAAAUGGAAACAGAUACGUGGCAAGUUCUACCCUCAGUUGUCCUACUUGGUUAAAGUGAACACACCACGCGCCGUGAUGGCGGAGACGAAGAAAGCGUUCAAAAAGCUUCCGAACCUGGAACAGGCGAUCACUGCCCUCUCGAAUUUGAAGGGUGUCGGUACGACGAUGGCGUCGGCCCUUCUGGCAGCAGCAUCACCGGAGAAUGCACCCUUCAUGGCGGACGAAUGUCUGAUGGCAAUACCGGAAAUCGAGGGCAUCGAUUACACCACCAAGGAGUACCUCAACUUUGUUCAGCACAUUCAAAAUACCGUCGAGAGGCUGAACAAACAAACGUCGAAUGGCAAAACAUGGAGCCCCCACAGGGUGGAACUCGCUCUGUGGACCCACUACGUGGCGUCUGAAUUGAAGCCAGAACUGCUGGACGGUAUUCCAGGCUCGACAGAGAACGGGAACUCUCAUCCGCCCAGCAACGGCGAGGCGACAGAGCCGUCGGACGACAGCAAUCAGGAAGCAGCAUUGAACGGUAAGGAACCAGGCAGUAUUGAUCCGGCGGCCAUCGAUGAGAACAGCAUGACCACGUCCUUCACCGAAGAUUCGAUGGAUAAACCCGCUACGCCGAUUACAGCGGCUGUCGCCAGCGAAGAUACGAACGAUUCGCUCGCCACGAACGACAAUGACGACAGCAACAACACGCCCCGACCGACAGACAGCGAGGACACCGAAGACUCGCAGGACGUACAGGAGCCGCCUACCAAGAAGAGUAAGAAG